ACCUUUACCCAUGCCCGGGAACCGUAUUGUGUGCGCCCAGCUCAACCCGCGUGACGCGGGGAGCCGCGAGACUGAGAAAGUAGGGACAUGGGAGAGAGAUGGCAGCAGAGCGAGGCGAGGGCUGCCCAGAGAAGAAGCAUCCAGAAAGGAUCAGGGACACGGAUUCAGACGCUUCUGCGGCUGGGGAGGAGACUUGACUGUCGUUGCUGCGGGAAGAGCCGGGCGAUGAGGGGACUAGAGAGGGAUGAAGCUGCGGAUGACAGUGGACCGGCUUGCGGCGGGAUAACUGGCCUGUCGGAGGGAAUACAGAAAGCAGGGUCUGGAGUACAGAAAGCAACGGGAGGACUGACUUCUGAAUACUCAGGUUACUCAAGGAAGAAGCUGGGAGGAGGAGAAUGAAGAAACAGAAAGAACCAGUAAUGUCUGCCAUGAAGGGGAAGUUGACUUUCAGUGAUGUGGCCAUAGAGUUCUCUCAGGAGGAGUGGGAAUGCCUGGACCCUGCACAGAAGGCUUUGCACAGGGAUGUCAUGUUGGAGAACUACAGCAACCUGGUCUCCCUCGGAGUCACAGUUCCUAAUCUGAAUAUUAUGUCUAUGUUGGAAGAAGAGAAAGGGUCCUGGAUCGUGGAGAGUAAGGCAGUAAUAACCAGAAAACCAAAUGGACAAGAAUAUGUGAGAGCUGUGAGGACAGUCAACUCUCUUGAACAUAUAAUUAAAGAUUUACCACCAAAAGAGAGCGGCAAUUCAGGGGAAAUAGACCAGACAGUGGUGUCAGAAAGAUAUAAAAGCAGUGGCACUGAAGACUCUUCCUUCAGAGAACUCCAGAAGAUCAUACAGGAUUUCGAGAGGAAAGACAGUGAAAGGAGUUAUAAAUUCACCCAUAGAGGACAUCAAGAUUGUAGAAAGAAUACAGGAAAAUGCCUUAGGAACUUACUUGAAAUGCAGCCAUUUCCAUCUACAGAGAAUAUUGAUGAUGAUGAACUUAAGUCUAUCACCAGUGGCUUUUCAAUUUCAUCAUCUGAACAAAUUUCGUCUAUUGGUGUCAAAGCUCACAUUGUUCAUGAAUAUGAAUAUGAUGUUUAUUGUUCACUACUUAUGAAAAGACGUAAAGCACACAUUAAGGAAAAACCUUAUCAAUGUAAUGAGUGUGGCAAGGUCUUCAGUUAUACUUCUUCUCUGGCACAUCAUCGGCAAAUUCAUACUGGAGAGAAACUUUACAAAUGUGUCCAAUGUGGCAAGGCUUUUUUUCGACGUUCUUACCUUUUGGUACAUGAGAGGCAUCACACUGGAGUAAAACCUUACAAAUGUAAUGAAUGUGGCAAGGUCUUCACACAGAAUUCACACCUUACAAGUCAUCGGAGAAUUCAUACUGGUGAGAAACCAUACAAGUGUAAUGAAUGUGGCAAAGCCUUUAGUGUUCGUUCAAACCUAACUAAUCAUCAGGUAAUUCAUACUGGUGAAAAACCUUAUAAAUGUAACGAGUGUGGCAAGGUCUUCAGUCAGACUUCAAGCCUUUCAAUUCAUCGGAGAACUCACACUGGAGAGAAACCUUACAGGUGCAAUGAGUGUGGGAAAGCCUUUAAUUCACAUUCAAACCUAAAUACCCAUCAGAUAAUCCAUACUGGAGAAAAACCCUACAAAUGUUCAGAGUGUGGCAAGGUCUUUACUCAGAAUUCACACCUUGCAAAUCAUUGGCGAAUCCAUACUGGAGAAAAACCUUACAAGUGUAAUGAGUGUGGAAAGGCUUUUAGUGUGUAUUCCAGCCUCACUACCCAUCAAGCAAUCCAUAGUGGAGAAAAACCUUACAAGUGUGAUGAGUGUGGCAAGGUUUUCACGCAAAAUUCACAUCUUGCAAGUCAUCGCGGAGUCCACAGUGGGGAGAAACCUUACAAAUGUGAAGAAUGUGGCAAGGUCUUCAGUCAGACUUCAAACCUAGCAAGGCAUUGGAGGGUUCAUACUGGGGAGAAACCUUACAAAUGCAAUGAAUGUGGCAAAGCUUUUAGUGUGCGUUCAAGCCUUACUUCCCAUCGGGUAAUCCAUACUGGAGAAAAACCUUACAAAUGUAAUGAAUGUGGCAAGGUCUUUAGUCAGACUUCAAGCCUUGCAAUUCAUCAGAGAAUUCACACUGGAGAGAAACCUUACAGGUGCAAUGAGUGUGGGAAAGCCUUUAAUUCACAUUCAAACCUAAAUACCCAUCAAGUAAUCCAUACUGGACAAAAACCCUAUAAAUGUCUGGAAUGUGGCAAGGUCUUUACUCAGAAUUCACACCUGGCAAAUCAUCGCAGAACCCACACAGGAGAGAAACCUUACAAGUGUAAUGAGUGUGGCAAAGCCUUCAGUGUGUACUCAAGUCUGACCACUCAUCAGGCAAUCCAUACUGGAGAAAAACCUUACAAGUGCAAUGAAUGUGGUAAAGUCUUCACUCAAAAUUCACACCUAGCAAGUCACCGUAGGACUCAUACUGGAGAAAAACCUUACAAAUGUGAUAAGUGUGGUAAAGCCUUUAGUGUGCGUUCAAGCUUGACUACCCAUCAGGCAAUCCAUACGGGAGAAAAACCUUAUACAUGUAGUGUGUGUGGCAAAGUCUUUAGUCGAAGUUCCAACCUUGCAAGUCAUCAGAGACUUCAUAUUGGACAGAAACAUAAGUGACUGUAGCAAGGCCUUCAGCCCCAAUUCACUUGCACAAUAUCCAGUCUUAAGAAAAUAUUAAUUUAAAUGAUAGAACAACACUCAUCAAGAGUUAAAGUACAUCACUGGUUAUGGUUAUAUGCAUGCAAACCACACACUUGUCAGACAGUUGUGGGAUUUACCAGAGGAAUAAGUCUUCAUCUUCCAUAGCUAAUCUUCGAUGUUACAGCCUACAAAAUAAUUAAUUGCAGAAUAAUUAAAAUUCAGAAUAGGCUAAAACUAUACACAUACACACACAUAUAUGUUGCAAGACUACAUUAAUAUACCUGGUUGCCUUCAGGAUAUAAAUUAGUUAUUGGUUUUUAUUUCCUUGCAAAGUCUUCCUUAUAAUUUAUGAUUAUCAGCCUCAACUUUGUGAUGGUAUAGUUCUUGCCCCAGGGCCUUUUUCUUGCACCCUCUGUGAAAAACAGGAUGAAAAAUCACAUUAGUAUGAAAGGAGCAUGUGUAUAAUUUCUGAGAAUGGCUCCACCUUUUGAAUUAACUUUUGCUUAACUUAUUGUUUUGUUUUAGUUGUGAUUGGCCCUAUGACCAAAGCCAACUUGGGGAGUAAAGUGUUUAUUUCAUCUUAUGGAUUACAGUUAAUUAAGAUAAGCCAGAGUAGGGGUUAGAGUAGGAGCGUGGAGGCAGGAACUAAGGUAGACAAUGGAGAUGGUAUGCCUGCUGGUUCACUUUUCAUGGCUUAACUUCCCUUAUACAACCCAGUACCACCUAGCACGGGGUGGUAGUGCCCAAAUUGGACUAGGCCCUCCCAGAAAAUGUUUGUCAGAUAUGCUCAGAGUCCAGCCUGAUGGAGGCAAUUUCUUAAGAGCCCCUCUUUCCAGGUAAUUCCUGGGUGUCAGGUUGACAAGAUCUAAACAGAACAUUUAUCAUCUGAAAGGCAUGGGAUAUUGUAAAACUGCAACACAAAGUUUUCAAGUUCAUUGUGUAAUUUGGGGGUUAUCUGUGUGGCAUCAGCAAUUAAAUGGGAAAGAAAUUAGAAUAUUGAACUUUCUUUUCCUUUUUUCUUUUUUAGUUUUCUUUUUUUAUUAUUUAUUAAAAAUUUUUCCCUCCUCCCAUUUUCCUCCCACCACCCCUCUUCCCCCCCUACUUCUUCAGUCCUAAGAGCAGUCAGGGUUUCCUGCCCUGUGGGAAGUCCAAGGUCCUCCCCCCACAUCCAGGUCUAGGAAGGUGAGCACCCAAACAGACUAGGCUCCCACAAGGCCAGUCCAUGCAGUAGAAUCAAAACUCAGUGCCAGUUCUUGGAGAAAAUCAACAAGAUUGACUGAAAAGAAUAUUGAACUUUUUAUGAAAUGAGAACAAUAUACUCAUAGGGAUGGAUUGUCUGGUAAAAUACAGAAGGCAUAGUUAGCAUCUACAUUGACUGGCAAUAGCUUUUGUACAGCAAAGUAUAAUUUUUCUUACUAUUUAAUUUGAAGAAAGAAACUAUUAGAAUGGAACAUUUAACCCAAAGAAUUAAAGUAUAGGAGCUGGCUAUAGAGGUUAUGGAGAAGCACUUGUCUACCAUCUGUGAGGCCCUUAGCAGCACCAAAAGUAAAAAUACACUAAAGUUUUCUUAAGGAUAUCAUUUACUUACUGUUGUUAAGCUUUGCCACUAUUUUAUUCAAAAUAUAUCCUUGACCUAAUUUUUAUUUAAAGCUUUUUACAUUUUUGCGAAUGUGUUUUUAAUUCUUCUGUAUAGUCUUUUUCUGUAUCAGUACAGUGCUCCUCCAAGGAAAUGAGAAAAUGAAGUAAAGCUCCUCAGGUUGAGGUUUCUAUACUUCGUAUGAAAUCAAAUGCUAUAAAGUUUUAGGGCCCUAUAAUCAUUUUCCAUUGAAUUUAUUCUGUCUAUGCCCAAAGGAUACUUGUGUAGAUAUAAUGGACAUCAAGAAGAUACAUUGUGUAGACUACCAAAGCAAAGAUAACAUGUUUUUGUAUAUACCUGUUGACUCUUCAUAGCUGUGCAGUACUUCAGACAUUCCAUUGAUUGAUAUAAACUAUGCAAUCUUCAUUCUGGUUGACUUUCCACAUCGAUAAAAUUUGAAAAACAACAGUACUAUUAGAAUCAUGAAUUCAACUAUUUAAUGAAAAAAGCUUACCUUAAGCACUGUUUAGUAAACAUGAAAUUAAAAUGCAUGAAGUAAUAUGAAUAAAAUAAUUCAGAAUUUCUUAAGGGAGAUAAUUUGUUACUUUUCUAUUAUGCUAGAAUACCCCCAAAAAAGCAAGUUACGGGGGGGAAAAGGUUAUUUUAUAGUUUUCAGAGGAGAUACAGUCAGUAAUGACAAGGAAGGCAUGACAAUCAGUAAAUGUUACAUAACCGGAACAGAAAGUUGGGCCAUGCUGUAAAACGUCAAAGGACAAUUCCCAGUUACCUCUUUCCCCAGUAAAGUUCCACAACCUUCCCAAAUAGUACUACCAACUGGGGACCAAAUGUUUAGUUACAUGAGCCUUUGGGAGACUUUUCUUAUUGAACCCUUCAUUGACUUCCCUCAGUGUUGCAUCCUUUCUUCCCUAAACCAGUAUGAACUGGGAAAUACUAAGUGCUGCCUCCAACUUUUUAUGAAGCUUUCCCUUGGGCCAGUUGCAUCAGCUUUUGCACACUGAAGCUGGUAAAAAACUUUCGUAUUUGCUUUGUUGGGGCAAAGGAACCCUAAGGUUUCACUACUCAUAAGCUGUGGCCUUAGCUAUUGGAGUUUUGUUUAUCUUUCUGUGCCACGUGUUUUUCACUAUAGACUCAUAAGUAGCCAGUAAUAACAAUGCCACAAAAUAAUGUCGUAUUUUGAAGACUUUCCCAAAGAAAUCAGCCCAUUACUUCCUAAUGCAAUGUCACUCAAAUUCUUGUGAUGGGGGGAGGUGUAGAUCACCUCAGCGGGAUCCUUUGCCAGUACAUAACAUAAACUGAUAUUAGAGUCCUUGCUUUCUUAUGAAAUCUUGUGAAUUAUACUUCCACGUUUUGCAUUUUUCUCAGUAUUGCUGUCAUCCCUGCUCACACUAGAAGUCCCAUUAAGUUCUACUUAUAGCAUUCAGUAGUAUUUCCAACCAAAAUACAUCAUGGGACUUUUCUUCCACAGUAUACAGGCCUAUAAACCACAUGGUUGGGUGUUGGGACCUAAUGGAGUCCUGGCCUUCCUACUCAUCUCCUCUGUUGGUGACCUUUUUUGCCCUUGUUGUUCUGGGUUUCUGAGAAACUUAUAAGUUCCUUACUCUCAGAGUUGUUUAUCAACCCUGCUUUCUGAGUACGCAUUGCCUUGGCCCUAACCUGAGGAUCCGGUGAUGAGGUCUUCAUCCUGUUGACCCACCUGUCUGGGUUAGGUAUAAACCCCCUUGGUGAUGUACAAUAAAAGGGCAUCUUAUUCUGCAACAUCCAGAGUGCAUGUUUCAUUAAUUCUGACCUGACAUCCCUUGCUCAGGCUUGGCAUCCAGGCUGAGCUGGUGCAGCAGUUGGGAUUAACAAAGAACCCACCUUGGUGGUUUGAACAACAAUGGCUUUUACAGUCUCAUAAAUUUGAAUGCUUGGUCAGGGAGCAGUCAUUAUUUGAAAGGAUAAGGAAUAAAUGGGUAGGCUUCGAAAUUUCAAAAACCCAAGGAAGGACCCAUGGCUCCUUGUUCCUGAUGCCUGCAUAUCUUAGUGUAGAACUCAGCUACUUUUCCAGCAAAAUGUCUGCCUGUAUGCUUCCAUGCUUGCCCACCAUGAUGAUAAUGAACUAAACCUCCAAAACUAGAGACAAGCUCCAAAUAAAUGCUUUCUUUUUUAAGAUUAGCUAUAUUCAUGGUGUAUAUUCAUAAAAAUAGAACUUUGGCUAAAACAGAAGUUAUCAGAGAUGGGGUAUUGCUAUUACAGGUCUCAUAAUGAUUUGGGGAAUAUGGGAGACUGGUACCUUGGACAAGAAAAAUGGACAUUUAACUAGGUCUUAAUGUACCAUUCUGGUAGGAUGAUGGAAGACAGUGCUGAGGAUGAUUUGAAAUGUGGAAGCUCAACUUCAGAGGGGAAGAAUAUUAGUGGCUUGGAGACUGUUCUUGUGAUAUGUUGACAAAUAAUAUGGCUUCUUUUCUUCCCCACCCUGAAAAUCUUCCAAAAUCUAAAUUGAAGAAUUUUGGAUUAAUGGUUUUGUCAGCGAUCAUUGACUGUGUCCCAUGGUUAGUUGUCACUCUAAUGCAGAUCUCUAAUGAAAAACAAGCUGACCAAGGAAAACUAUGGAAUGUACAGUUUGAGGAGAAAAGGAGCACCAGGAAAUGUAAUAUAGGAAGUAAGUUCAGUGCUGAAGGAGAUGAAAAGAUUUUUAAAAUGAUGUUAAAUGUAAUAAAUGAAGUGGUGAUCUCAGUGUCUCCACCCAGCAAAGCUUUUAUCUUGUGAAAAGGAAUUAAGGUAAAGCUCAAGGAAUGAAGGAAAUCAUUAACAAAUAAAGUUGAUACACAUGUAAUUGAAUAAGGGGCCCACAUUUCAGCUCCAGCAAGCAACAGAACUUAGCAUCUUUGGCCAUGUGGAUCUGACUUUAUGAGACCAGUGUACAAGGAAAGAGCUGUGACACAUCCCUCUGCAGCUAAGAAAAAUUGCUGAGGCCAUGUAUAUUUCAGUGCUUUCCCUCCAUAAAGGCCCAGAGAUGCUUUGCAUGAAGCUGUGAAUAUGAAUCCUUUAUCGCUUUGGGGACCUCCCAAGAUGGUGAAGAUGCCAAAAUGUGAGAUACCCACCAAGAACUGCUAAAAGCAAGUGAAAUAAGUUCCAGAGAGAGAGAAGUGUGUUGUAAUCAACUGAAAAGUGUUGGAUAUCUGAAGAGUUCUUUGACAUCAGACAUGGAGAUGCAGAGUUUAGAAUUUGCCAUGCCAGUUUGAAGUUCUUUUUUUUUUUCGCCCCCUCCCCCAUCCCAGUUUGAAGUUCUUUGGUCCAGAAUUUCCUCACUAUGAUUCCUUUCCUCCUAUUUGAAAUGGUGUUGAAUAUUCAAUGCCAUUGUAUGUGAUCCACUUUUUGAUUUUGAUUUUACAAGAGGUUAUAGUUAAAAGAUUGCUAUGAGUCUCAAAUAGUGUUGAUACUGUUAUAAAUUAUGGGGUCUUUAAAAGUUGGAUUGAAUGCAAUUUUGUAUUAUGAUAUAGCUACAAGUCUAUGGUGCUUGGGAGUGAAGUGGGUGGUUUCAAUAAAAAUAACCCCCAUAGUCUCAUAGAUUUUAAGUAUUUGGUCUUUAGUUUGUUCCUCUUGACAAUGAUUAGGAGCUGUGACCUUGUCAGAAGUGUCUCAUUGGGUACAGGAUUUGGGGUUUCAAAUGUUCAAACCAGGCCCAGUGUCUUCCUCACUCCCUGGUGUCUACCAAUGUAGAUUUAGAACUAUGCUACAUCUGUAGCACCAUAUCUGUCUGUAUGCCACCAGGCUUCCCACCAUAAUGGUAAUGGACUAAACCUCUGAAAGUGUAAGCCAGCCUCAAUUAACAUUUUUCUUGUGUAAGCAUUGCCAAGAUCAUGGUGUCUCUUCAUAGCAUUUGAGCACUAAGACAGAAAUUAUAUACAUUAAAUGAGAAGGA